CUCAGUGAUUUAAAGAAGCUUUCACACAUAGACUUGUGCAUGAAUCAGUUUACUACCAUCCCUUCAGCUCUUCUAAACAUGCCAAAUCUAGAAUGGUUAGAUAUGGGAGGAAACAAACUCCAGGAACUUCCUGAUGCAAUUUGCAGAAUGGAAAAUCUCCACACUUUAUGGCUUCAAAGGAAUGAGAUAAACUCCUUGCCAGAAACCAUUGGUAAUUUGAAAAAUCUUAGUACUCUUGUUCUUAGCAACAACAAACUUAAGAAUAUUCCAGCUUGUAUGAAGGACAUGACAAAUCUGAGAUUUGUCAACUUCAGAGACAACCCACUGGAGUUAGAGGUAACGCUCCCUCCAUGUGAGAAUACAGAAGAGGAGGAGCAACAGGAAAUGUUUGGGAUUGAAUUCAUGCACUUGUAUAUCCAGGAGUCAGUCAAAAGAACAGGAAAUGAGGAAAGUUGUACUUCUGGUUCUUCUCCUGUCAUAAAUGCUAAUGAAUAA